ACACAAAUACACACGCUUGCAACUGAGCACACACACACUCAGACGUACUGCAAACUCUCCACAGGAAACUCUGAGCCAUAAUGCGAAGGCACCUCAGAGCAGACGGGUGCACUGCUCAAACCAAGUGGGAUACGGUGCAGCUUUGAUAGUGCGUUAAUUACUCAUGUGAUGUGAUACAGAUGUCUGGGGGCUUCAGCUGAAAGUUUGCCUGACGGUUUCCAAGGGGGCCAGGCAGACAUUUUAGAAGCGCAGUGAUAUACUGGGACAGUCUCUCAAUCGGUGAACUCAAAGUGCUCGUUCGGUUCUAUGAUGGGCGCUCCAGCAGCACAUAUGUUCGCCAUAAUGGCCUGUAUGGCAGCCGGAGGGAUGUGCCAGACAAACGGAGCUGAAGGAGACGACCCUCUCUAUGGCUUUCAGGUUCACUCCACCUUCCAGUCUUUGGAUUUCUACAGCACCAUCAGUCCAAGUGCAGUCCCCAUCCUCGUCCAGAGGUCCAUAGGAACCAAUGCGCCUCUGGGAUCCAGCCCUGUCAAUGAAACUAUGAAGAAGAGGUUUCCGGCGUGCCUCAAAGAGCAAGCAAUUAGUAACUAUUUUAAGUACAUCAACACCAUCAUUUCCAUUACAGUCUUUGUGGUCGGUCUGGUCGGCAACGCCGCCCUCCUGAGGAUUAUAUACCAGCACAAGUGCAUGAGGAACGGGCCGAAUGCCCUCAUUGCCAGUCUGGCCCUGGGCGACCUUAUCUACAUCUUCAUUGAUAUACCGAUCACUGUAUACAAGCUGCUGGCCUCACGUUUUCCAUUUGAUUACAACAAUUUUGGUCUGUUUCUGUGCAAACUGGUGCCUUUCCUGCAGAAGGCUUCUGUGGGCAUCACGGUCCUCAGCUUGUGCGCCCUCAGCAUGGACAGGUACAGAGCUGUGGCAUCAUGGAGCAGAGUACAGGGGGUGGGCAUCCCUCUCUUCACAGUUGUGGAACUUGUGACUGUUUGGGUGCUGUCGCUCGUCCUGGCCGUGCCUGAGGCUGUCGGCUUUGACAUGGUCACCUUCAACUACAAGAACAGAACCAUACACACCUGUAUGCUUAACCCAAAGUCUCGAUUCAUGGAGUUCUAUAAAGAAGCAAAGGAUUGGUGGCUGUUUGCCUUCUAUUUUUGCGUACCACUGAUCUUCACUGCAGUUUUCUACGCUCUGAUGACCUAUAAGAUGCUCAGACACAAGAAUGGCACAAUUCGGAUUGCACUCAGUGAGCACAUCAAGCAGAGGAGGGAGGUAGCCAAAGCGGUCCUCUGCCUUGUGCUCAUCUUUGCCCUCUGCUGGUUCCCACUGCACUUGAGCAGGAUUCUUAAGAGGACGGUUUACCAACAAAACGAUGUGAUGCGAUGUGAUCUUCUCAAUUUCCUGUUGGUCCUUAAUUACCUCGGCAUGAACCUGGCAACAAUCAACUCGUGCAUAAAUCCCAUUAUACUAUACUUUGUCAGCAAGAAGUUCAAAAACUGCUUCAAGUCGUGCCUGUGCUGCUGGUGUUACGCUGAUAACCAGUUGAGCAGCAUUGGACCCAUGAACGGCACCAGUAACCAGUGUAAAAGCCCAGAGCCCAACAACUUCCAAACAGACUUCAGGAAAGACAGCAACUGAUCACUUAACUGAGAAGUAUUUUAGAGCUUUUCAGUGUCUUGUCAAGAUUUUAAAAUACUUUUGGCGGACUAUGCUUGGACCAGUAAAGAAACUCGUGAGUCCAGGAAUAACGUUUUUGGAACUGGAAUAAAAGGAACUAACGAUGAAGUUGUUGAGCAAUGCUCUGACAUUUUAUGAGUCUCUGAGCUAAACUUCCUAAAAAAAAAAAAAAAAGAGAAACUUGUUCUGUUCCCACACUCUUGGUAAGUGCUACAGUAGCUUGAAAGAAGAAGGGGAAGAGACGGAUGAGGAGGAGGACUUUUUCAAAGGAUGCAGCUGAACUCUAUAAAUUGCUCUCUGUCAGGAGCCAAGCGUGCUAUUCCUGUAAAGGGCAGGACCAUCGGGAAGGAUGCUACGAGAAGGAAAAGGCUUACUGCUGUCAACGGGGAUGGUGAGACAGGAGUAUUUGCUGUUCCCAGGAGUUUACUACUCAUUGGCGAUGUAAACCAAAAAGGCAUGUUAUUGAUGGACUAGCAACUAUUAAUUUUCAUAUCCAAAGCUCAGCAGUGCAAUUUACUUAUACUCACUUCAUUGAGCUACAUAUGUGGAGUAAAUAGAAAAUGUCUGAGAUUUCCUUGCUUCAUGUUUCUGCCUUUUUCAAUUCAUAAAGAAAAAACAAACACAUUGAAAACAAUAUAAAUUCAAUCUAAUGUAAGCAUGAUCGAAAUGCAUGGCAGUCCUUAAAAAUUACAGAUUUUGAAUUAUUAUAUUUAGAAUAUGUGAAGAUAUGAAAAUGUGAAAGUACUUUGCAGAGUAUCUGGAACAGGACUCCAAGUUUUAAUACAAAUAGAUAAGUCUCAACUCAGUAUUUUCAAAGGUCAUGUCAACCAGAUGAUUCAAAAGGUGGUUGCAUUAUAGCCUUUAAGUUUAUUAUCAGCCAAAAUGAGUCAAAAACUGUGAAUUUUAUAAGCCAAAUCAAAUUAUUGUGUCAUGUAUGCUUCUAUAAUCCAAGUGUUCACUUUUAUAAAGUGCUACAUUGUAUGUUAUUAUAAAAAUAAAUCGUUUAUUCAGACAUUGCUCUUGUACUGACAACUUUGGCAGAUAAACGUUUGAAAUGGUAGCCACUAAGCAAAGUUCUCAAGAAGGGACUCCAAAGUUUGCAAGUUGGGAUAUAUGAUUAUUUGCAGUUACGUGUAAAGAUAAAAGUGUUAUGCUGUGACUUUGCUGCAGUAAGUAUGUUGAGCCAACUCCAGCUUAGCCAUAGCUAGUUUAGCUUAGCAUAUAACUAUUCAAUUCAGUUAAAUUCAAAAGUUGUUUAUUAAUCCCCAAAGGGGAAAUUAAUUACUAAAGGCAGUUUAGUUUAGCAUCAGUGGAUAGUUAAGUUACAUAUGUGGUGUAAUCCUGUGAUGAUGCUAAGCUAAACUUGAGCUUAGCAUGAAGUGGUUGACCAAUAUAUAUAUAUAUAUAUUUUUUUUUUUACCCAAUUUAGCACAUUUUUAAUCCAGUGCAAAAAUGUAGCUUCACUUACAGGACAAGGCUUUUGAAGCGCGGCUGCAACAGAGUCACACGGCCUAACAUUUAAACAGUUCAACAGCUAGUAAAGUUGCAGCAUUGUAUAAACUGCUAUAUUUGCUAAAAUCAGAGUAUAAGAGGUGCGAUUAUGGUGUGUGAAAACACUUUCAAUGAAGCUAAUUGGCUAAGAAAUGUAACUGAAGUUAAAAUGUAAGACUUUUCAUAACUAAAGGUAAUAGCAUUUUCACGUACUACAAUGAGUAUGCCAAUGAGUAAUUCAUUGGCAUGAAUGUUGGAAUUACGUAGCCUAUAAUUUCUUUAUGAAAUGAUUUUCCCUAUAAAGCCAAAUGCUUUGGCUUUAUAUCUUAUAUACAUAAGACUCGGACACUCUUCUCAACUAAUCCAUAUAAUAAAAAUUAAUUUGGGAUUUCCAAAAAAUGUCUUCUUUUUUUUUUGGCAGAAAUUAUAUCCGGUUUAACAUAAACUGCCUUGCACUGUUUUAUAUUGGAUAUGUGAAUAAAUGUAAACCUGUGUGAGUUUGAGUGUGUGCUGGCAUGCGAGAGUCAGCUGUUACCUGCACUUCUCUGUUUGAAGUGUUUUGCACACUUGUGUACAGAAGAACAAGAAAGUUCUUAGGCUAUAAUUUACCACUAUGAACUAAAUCCAUACAUAAUCAUCAAAACAUAUAUGUUUUACUUUUGUCAUUUAUGGACAUGUUAACCUCAUGUUAAUGCUGCUUAAACCAAUAAAUCUCUUUCCAUCCUCGUUAUAAUAAACAAGGAAGUUUUAUUUUCCUGUCAU